AUGGCCGACUCCGCCCCAACCUAUCUCUCGCCCAGCGAGUUAGGCUCAAAGGACUACUGGGAAACAUACUACGCACGCACACUCGCGCAUCUCUCCCAAUCGCAACCACACCACCCAUCAUCCACCGCCACCAAUACCACGCCCAAUGCGCCAUCCACAGAAAAUGACGACUCCUCCGACAAUGCCUCCGAAGUAAACGAUGAUGAUGACCCCGGCACAUCAUGGUUCUCCGAACACAACGCGCCCCAAAAGGUCCUCCGCUUCCUAACCUCAAAAUCCUUCCCGCUGUCCCCGCACAACACCCUCCGCCGCCGCGGCCAUUCAGCUUCAGCCACUUUACCCCACCAGCCUAGUAUCCUCGAUCUGGGCACGGGGAAUGGGAGCAUGCUCGCGCUGUUGCGGAAGAAGGGCGGGUUCGUGGGUGAGAUGGUGGGCGUAGAUUACUCGGCGAGGAGUGUGCAGUUGGCGAGGGAGCUGCAGUCCAGGAAGGGGCAUUCUGCUUAUCAUACAGAUGAUGAGGAUGAGUCUGAUGAGGAUUAUGAUGACGGGGAAGAUGAGGAAGAGGGAGAAGACCAUGGUCCGAACGCUGCUGCGGAAGAGGAGGUUGUGCUUGCUACCCCCGAGCCCGGAAAAGAAGCCACGGAGGCAGUCAGCAUCUCUAAAGAUACAACUGAGAUUGAAACAUCGGAGAUUCGCUUCGAGGAAUGGGAUAUCCUCGGCUCGACAGCACAGCUUUCCGAGACCGGCACCCCGUCGUCCGAAGCACCCCCCGCAGACCGAAAGCUAGACUGGUUCCCUUAUGAAACGGGCGGGUUUGACAUCGUUCUCGACAAGGGCACAUUUGACGCCGUGUCACUAUCAGACGACGCCAAGAACACGCAUGUCUGCGAGCGGUAUCCGCGUAUUGCGCGGCGGUUAGUGCGCGCGGGUGGGUUUGUGGUUGUGACGAGCUGCAAUUGGACGGAGGAGGAGCUGGUUACUUGGUUUGUUGGGGGUCGUCAUGAUCAGGGGGAGAAGGAUAGAUUGGUUGUUUGGGGAAGGGUUGAGUAUCCCCGGUUUCGGUUUGGGGGGCAUGAAGGGCAGGGGGUAAGUACGGUGUGCUUUCGGAGGGUUGUGCAGUAG